AUGAUAAUAGAUGAUAAUAAUAAUAAUAGUAAUAAUAAUAGUAAUAAUAAUACGCUGUCGGCAGACUCGGUGCUCGACGCGGACACGGACAUCCAGCGCACGACGACGCGGUGCGCUCUUCCACAUGGGCUGCUGGCGCCGCGGGUGGUGAACGACGAGCUGCCGGUGGACGCCGCGGCGACAUCCUGCUGCGGCCACCGACAAACCCCUGCGUGGUGCGUGGCGCUGCUGGCGGCGCGCACCUGGACGCGGGACGAGGACUGCCUGUCGUCCGCCGUGCUGACGGAGGAGCCGCUGGCGUCGCGGCUCCGCGACGAGGUCACACGAGCUGCAGCCGCUUACCGGCGACGACUCGGAGAAGCGACGGCGGCGCGGCGCGGCGGCGCCAAGCCCUCGGAGCACAAGCGCAAGCGCCCCCGUCCGAGCGCCCCGUUCGACGAACGCACCUUCGUCUUCCCGUCUGAGGCGCCCGGCGGCCGCCGCCACGCCCUCUACCUGCAGAAGGCGCGCGUGCUGGCCGUCCCCGACAUGGGCACGAUGGAGCGCUGGCGGCGCGUGCGCUGGGUGGAGUGGGCGCGCCGCACAACGUGCCCUUCCUCCGAGGACAAGCCCUACAAGGUGGUGAACCGCUGCUCCCGGGCGCCAGCGAGCCGCCCUGGACGACGCCGGCGACGAGCCGGAGGCGGACCGCAGGGUGUCGUCUUCGCAGCGCGACCUCAAGUUUCUUCUGCGAGAGCAAGAAAAAGGACAGCGAGGCCUACAGCGAGCCGGUGUACCGGACAAGCAGCUGGUCUUCCACCUGAGCAUCGUGCCCAAGGCGGGCGCCCCGCCGCCCCCGCCGCCGACGACGACGCGGACAGCGACUUCUGCGGGGGCUCCCGGCACGCAGGUGCCCUUCUGCGCGCGCUGCGCCUCCGUGGGCGCCAACAGCGGCCACCUGCGCCUGGCGGCCGGCCGCUACGUGCUGCGCCUGUGGUUCUCCAUGCACAGAGGCUGCACCCCACGGCGUCGGAGCGUCGGCGCAGGGUGGGGGGUCAUCCCCCGCACGUGUUGUUGUGCGCUUGGACAAUGGAUAACUCCUCGGCGGCUCAUCACAGCGCGCCCGAGGAGGCGCAGGGUUCUCAUCGGUGGCCGGGAGAGGUAAAUGGAUUGAUAGGAGGUGGAAUGCGAUGGGGGCCCUUGUGCCGGUUGUGCGUGCGCUGCUUUGCCGACUGCCGGCGCCUGUGCGUGGGCGCGCGCUACGACGUGCUGGCGCGCAUGGGCGGACAACAGCGUGCGCGUGAGGCGCUGGGCUGCGUGCUGCCGCGACCUCUUUCCAGGGACGUGCACUUCCUCUUCGGCAAGCACGACUGCGCGCAGGGUGUGCGGCGACUUCCACGACGCGCUGCGCGCCGUCGCCGACCGCCCAGCGCGGACGCGCAGAGGUACUCGCACGGAGGACAAGAAUAA